AUGGAUGUUAGGAGCGUUUCAUUUGUUCUUUUAGCCUUGUUCAUGGCUGGUUAUGUUCUGGGUGUAGAAUAUAUGGAACCUUCCUCAGUCUAUAUAGUCCAUAUGGAUAAGUCUGCUAUGCCUAGAGAAUUCCCUACUCAUGUUCACUGGUAUACAUGGAUUCUUUCAUCUGUGAAAGGAGUAAAGGACCAGCAGAACAUAGAGGAGGAGGAUUUGUAUCUUUACACUUACGAUACUGUAAUGCAUGGCUUCAGCGCCAUGCUAACACAGUCGCAGCUGGAUAUGCUCGAGGAGAUGCCCGGUCAUCUAUCAUCAUUUCCAGAUUCAUUGGCAACCAUGGAUACCACACAUUCCACGGAAUUUCUUGAACUCAGUCCUGAGAAGGGUAUUUUGCCAGAGUCCCGAUUUGGGCAAGACAUAAUUGUGGGAAUGCUGGAUACUGGAAUUUGGCCGGAGAGCCAGAGUUUCCAUGAUGAUGGAAUGGGACCAGUCCCUGCGAGAUGGAAGGGGAUUUGCCAAAACGGUACAGACUUCGACUCCUCCCUCUGCAACAAAAAGCUGAUAGGAGCGCGCUACUUCAACAAAGGCUUGAUGGCCAUGUCCGGGAAGCUCAGCCUUGAUGCCGACUACGAUUCUCCAAGAGACUUCGAAGGCCAUGGAAGUCACACGUCGUCUACUGCAGGAGGUAACUAUGUGGAAGAUGUUGAUUUCUACGGUUAUGCUCCUGGCAAAGCACGUGGUGUGGCUCCCGCGGCGCGAGUUGCAAUGUACAAGGUCAUAUGGAUCAACGGCAGUACAGGAUCUGAUGCAUUGGCUGCAAUGGAGACUGCAAUUAGUGAUGGAGUUGAUGUAAUGUCUAUGUCAUUUGGCUACCUCUCGCCUCCCUAUUUCCAAGAUGCUAUAGCCAUUGGAGCCUUAGCGGCUAUAAAGAAAGGUGUUGUUGUGGUAUGCUCUGCAGGCAACAGUGGGCAACGCGGAAUUAUGCACAACGGAGCCCCAUGGAUUUUCACAAUAGGUGCCAGCACGAUCGAUAGAGACUUUGGAGCUAUUUUGAAAUUGGGCGAUGGUAGCAUCACCAAAGGCUCCUCUUUCUACACUAACCAAAAUAGGAGCUAUCACCUAUCUGAGAGCAAACUCAUUUACGAAAGCGGAGACCCUGCAUGUCUAAGACCAUUCGAUCCUGUCAUAGUGAACGGGACGGUGCUGUUGUGCAAAAAUAUGAGCUUUUCGCUUAUUCCAGUUUUGUUAGCUGCAGGAGCCCGAGGAGUGGUUGUAGUGUCGCCGAAUGUUCCUGCUAUGUCUUUUCCUACCAACCUUUUGCCCAGAGUCGUCUUGAAUGCGGAAGAUGGAGCAGCUCUAGUGAAAUAUGUUUCUUCAACGUCAAAUCCCGUAGUGGAAAUGCAGUUGGGUCUGACGUUGCUAGGUGUGAAGCCUGCACCUGCGAUAGCGUCUUUUACCUCUCGAGGGCCGUAUCCACCAAGCCAAAAUAUUCUGAAACCCGAUGUCACAGCUCCUGGGGUAAAUAUUUUGGCAGCGUGGCUUCCAAACACAACUAUUGGAGACAAAUAUGCCAUUGUCUCUGGCACUUCAAUGUCAUGUCCCCAUGUGGCCGGGCUCGUGGUUCUGAUGAAAGCCGUUCACAGUGAGUGGAGUCCUGCGAUGAUCAAGUCUGCUCUAAUGACCACUUCUUACACGCAUGACAAUUCCAACAAUGCCAUUAUCGACAUCGGCUUCAACGGCAGCGCUGCAACGCCCUUUGAUAUGGGUGCAGGCCACGUCGAUCCUAAUAAAGCCAUGGAUCCUGGACUUGUCUACGACCUGAGCGUGGAGGACUACGUCAACUAUCUCUGUAGUCUUAAUUACACCACUCAGCAAAUUCAAUCAAUCACUGGAGCACCUGUUUCGUGUUCCAGCGGCCUCGACUUGGGUUCUGACGGUCUAAACUAUCCUUCCUUCACUGCAGUAUUCAACAAGAAUGCCACUUCCUCCUCCUCUUCGACAUUCAAGAGAACGUUGACAAAUGUAGGAGAUGAUAUAUCGUAUUAUAACGCAGUCGUUGAGGUCCCCAAAGGACUCAAAGUACAUGUGGUUCCUGAUGUUCUGGAAUUUAAAGAAAAAUUUGAGAAGGUCAACUUUACUGUCACUGUGGAGGUAGAGGAAGGUGUGGUGAGCGAAUUUGUUUUGUAUGGAUAUUUGAGUUGGGUUGAUAAGAAAGAGCAUGUGGUGAAAAGUCCUGUGGUGGCACUCUUUCAAUAA